AUGCCUGCUAAGAAAAAGGGAGGGCGCGGAAAGACGCUCAACAUUGUGGACUUUAAUGAUGAUUAUAUCCCAGAGGACAACUUAGACUGGGCAGUGGAGGUCCCGCAGGAGAAGACGCAGGAGCAGGUGGUGGCGGAGAAGAUCGCUAAGAGGGAUUUCAGCCGCGUGGCCAACAACGUACUAGCUGAGAAUGGCGGCUUCCGCGAUGCCCCGAGCACCCAGGUGGCACGUUCAAAGGGCACCGACGUUCUGCAGCCGCCAUACGUUGCGCAUUUUGGCAAUCUGCGCAAUGGAACAACUGAGGAGGAAUUCCUUCGCAAUUUCCACGAGGAUUGCGUCGUCACAUCGCGGCUCAUUAGCCAAGAUGGGAAAAGCUUUGCGUUUGUAGAAUUCAAAACGGCCCAGGCCCUUGCCAUCGCCCUCACGAUGGAUCAGACUAUGGUUAAGGGGCGCAAGCUAUACGUAGACUUAGCCACGGCAAAACAGAUUGAGCGGCUGCACGGGCAUAGCGGGCUCUCUCGGCAAAACGCGGGCCAGCAGCAGCAGCAGCAGCAGAGCGGUGGGAUGCAGCACCUUAACCUCACCCGCGACGCCUUCGGUUCCACGCAGGGCGGCGAACGCGAGAUUGGAGGAGGUCGCUCGGGCUUCGGCUCGAGGAACGACCUGCACUUGCUAGCGGAGCUAUCGCGCGACACGUUAGGCACCGCCACUCGCGGCUCCGAUGGCUCACCAAGUCCGACCGGGCCGCCGGAGUUCCCUAACUGGCGCAGUGAAGGGCCAGUGGUCCAGCCCGAGUUCCAGCCGGACCUGCGUGAGAACCGGCGCAGCGACAACGACCUUGAGCGCCGUGGUGGCGCAGGCACGCGCAACAGUAAACGACAGAGCCCGCUCUCCGCGGGUGGCCUCGCGAACUGGCGCGAUGAGCCGGUAACGCAGCCGCCGCCGCCGCCUCCCCCACAGUCAUCCAACACGGGACAGGAGGACGGAGGCGAAGGCAGCGGCCACAAAGGCGGUUGGCAGCGUGAAGGCGCAGUUCGAGGCAACCGUGGGCCACAGCGGCCGCCGGCUGCACCACGCGACGACAGCAAGUGGGAGGCGUUGCGCCGCUAA